AGAUAUCGAAAAACAUUUACAAAAUAUUUUGUGACGUGACGUGCGUUCAUAACGGAACUGCCUCAGAUUAUCAACAAACGCACUUCGGCUAAAUCCAUAAAUGCUAACUGCAUGUGGCUCACUAGCUGCUCUUACUGAGGAAAUGCUAAAGUAAACUAUCCAGCUCCAGUGAGUUUAGUCUUGAAUUAUUUGUUGUAGUCAUCAGAAAAUCUAGUUUUUCAAACCAUUUGGAUUCAAAUGCGAUUUGAUCUGUGGACAUGGACACUAACGCGACGUAUACAACAGUCUUAUUUUGAUACGCACAUAGCGCGAUGAGUUGACUUGAAGGUCUGUCUGUCAGUCUGACCUAUUUGAAUGGUGACGUCACGCCGUUAAUCUUUAAUUUCCGAGCACGCUGUGCGGAAUAACAUUCGGUCGCACCGGUUUGAACGAAGCAGCUGGAUUUGAAGUGCGAAUCUGAGAUCUGGAUCUACCGCUAAAAUGGGGUCUAACGGAGACCUCAACGCAAACUCGCAGUGUCUAAGUAGCACCGGGGACCUGGUCCUGGACAAAGCGAUCAGUCAAUGGAUGACCUGGGAUAAGUUUUUGUGCCUAUAGAAUCCUCUGACACGGGAACAGAUCGAGUGCCUGGUGCGAGAGGGGCGUGUGGUGGAGCUGAGGAGGAGGUUGUGCUCCAGGAUGACGUUUGGAACGGCUGGCUUGAGAGCCCCGAUGGGAGCGGGGUUUGCUCGCAUCAAUGACCUAACUGUCAUCCAGUCUACACAGGGGAUGCACAACUAUUUAGUCAAAUAUUUCCCUGACCUGAAAACAAGAGGGCUGGUGAUUGGUUAUGACACUCGUGCCCAAGCAAGCAGUGGCUGCACCAGUGAACGGCUUGCAAGGUUGACUGCAGCUGUUAUGCUUUGUAAAGAUAUCCCUGUCUAUUUGUUCUCUACAUAUGUGCCUACCCCAUUUGUGCCGUACGCUGUGAUGAAGUAUGGAGCUGCAGCUGGAGUCAUGAUCACUGCUUCUCAUAACAGAAAAGAGGACAAUGGGUACAAGGUUUACUGGCACAAUGGUGCACAGAUCUCCUCGCCGCACGAUAAGGAGAUCUUGCAUUGCAUUGAGGAGAGUACUGAUCCGUGGGAAGAGUCCUGGAAUGUGGACCUAGUUGAGAGCAGCCUGUUAAGGAGUGACCCACUGGAGGACGUCUGCCGCUGGUACAUGGAAGAGCUAAACACUGUCUGCUUCCACAGAGAACUUAACACAAAGUCUCCCCUGAAGUUUGUGCAUUCCUCUUUCCAUGGCGUUGGUCACAACUUUGUCCAGAGAGCUUUUCAGCAGUUUGGCUUCCCACCUCCGAUCCCUGUUCCAGAACAGAAAGAUCCAGAUCCUGAAUUCUCCACUGUCAGUUGUCCUAACCCAGAGGAAGGAGAAUCUGUCUUGGAGCUGGCCCUUCGUUUGGCCGAGAGAGAAGAGGCUCGCAUUGUCGUGGCCACAGACCCUGAUGCUGAUCGCUUGGCUGUUGCGGAGCUGAAUGACAAUUGCAGUUGGAAAGUGUUCACGGGAAAUGAGUUGGCUGCAUUGCUCGGCUGGUGGAUGUUGUUUAACUGGAAGGAAGCACAUCCUGACCCAGCAGACACUGAGGGAGUAUACAUGCUGGCCACCACCGUUUCUUCCAAAAUACUUAAUGCCUUGGCACGCAUUGAAGGGUUUCAUUUUGAGGAAACAUUGCCUGGCUUCAAAUGGAUUGGAAAUAGAAUCCAUGAAUUAGCAAAAGCAGGAAAGGAGGUCAUUUUUUCCUUUGAAGAAUCCAUUGGGUUUUUGUGUGGGAACAUGGUUCUUGAUAAGGAUGGAGUCAGUACAUCAGCUGUUGUGGCUGAGAUGGCUGCUUAUCUGCACACCAAAAACCUUUCCUUGAACCAACAACUAUGCAACAUCUAUGAAAUAUAUGGCUAUCACAUUUCCAGAACAUCCUAUGUCCUCUGCAAUGACCCACCCACUAUUUACAGAAUAUUUAGCCGUCUGCGCAACUUCGGAGGCCCGGGUGUAUACCCAGAAUUAUGUGGUGAUUACUGCAUCACACACAUCAGAGAUGUGACCACUGGUUAUGACAGCAGUCAGCUUGACAAAAAAUGUGUCCUUCCAUUAACAAAAAAUAGCCAAAUGGUUACAUUCACAUUUCAGAAUGGCAUUGUUGCCACGCUUAGGACCAGCGGGACUGAGCCAAAGAUCAAGUAUUACACAGAAUUCUGUGCACCACCAGGAGAACGUGAUAUCUCUUGUCUGGAGGAGGAGUUAAGAAAAGUGACCUCUGCUCUAGUUGAAGAGUUUCUUGAGCCUGACAAGAACAACCUGCUUCGCAGAUCAGUAUAGCUUUCUUUCACUCGUGAGUCGUGGUAAGAUUGUUGUCCUCAUGGGCAUCUCAUGUAAACCAGUCCCAAUAGGCCUGUCAGUGUACCGUCCUGUGAAUGUCGUUUUAUCACUGUGAAAUUAUUUGAAGCAUUAUCACCUCAUGGCUCUCAAACAAAAAAGUAAAUAUGACUGCCUUUUCAUUUCAGUGGUUUAUAUAUGACAAAAAAUAUUGUCAUGAUCGUUUUCUUUUCUUUCUUUUUUUUAUCUCAAUUGAAUGUGUCUUGGUCUGAGAAGAAAUUUACGAGGGUUUGAUUUUAUUUUUGUAACAUUUUUCAAGAAACCGUCUUAACUUUAUCUUUGAAUGCCACAUUAUAACCAUUACUUUUGUUGUAUAUCCCACCUGCUUUGAUUUGAUGUCUGCUUGUGUCCAGAUUUCAUGAAUAUCACUCCACAUUAUAUUACAUAUGUUAUUUUAACCCAUGAUCUGCUCAUUGUUCUCUGAGGUUUUGCUGAGAGUUGCUGCUGCUACCUUUUUAAAGCUCCGUGAGCAUGUGUAUUUGUUGUGCUCUCAUAAACCUGUCCAUAUUAUAUAAAUAUAUAUGUUGAUGUUCACAUAUGUGUUGCAAGGUGUGUUGACGCUCACACCCUUUAUGUUGCGUUUUAUGCGUUGAUAAUCAAGAAGCAAGCAGGACAGCAUCUUGUUGCUCCCCUGAACUUCUGCUGGCUUCAUGCUGGAUACGCACAGAGUAUAGGUAAUUAAUGGAAGAAUCUGUUUUAUUUUUUAAACUUCUGGUUUCUGCUGUACAUAGUUUCAUGGGCAUAUUUGUCUUUUGUGGGUUAUAUACACAAUGUGCAAGUUGCAGUAAGUUAUAUAAGUGCUAUUGGCUUGCAAGCAAGACAAGCACGGCAUUACACUCUACUGAUAGAUAACGAGAAGGAUUAUAAUUAUUCACUCUUUAGCUGUUUGGUUACUAAGAACUUAUAAAACCGGUCAGAAAAAAAAGUUGGUCACAUU